AUGGUGCAAAAAUGUAAUAUUUUUGCAUGGCGUUCCGAGAUAAAUAGAAUUCCUACCGGCGUGGCUUUGAGAAAUAGGAAUAUUCCGAUUGUUGAUGUUUCAUGCCCUCUAUGCAACUCUGGAGAUGAAACUGUUGACCACUUGUUUACGGCUUGUGUGGUCGCUUCAACCGUGUGGCAGUUCGUUAGUUCAUGGUGUAUAAUUCCAAGUAUCUUUGCUUUCUCUUUCAAGGACCUUCUUGAGAUUCACUCUCUUUCGGGUCUGUCGGAUCAAAGGAAAGAUGUUAUUCAAGGCAUUAUCAUUAUUCGCUAUUGGAGUAUAUGGAAGGCGAGGAACGAGUUGAAGUUUGCGGGCAAGACGGCUAGGAUUGAGAAUAUAGUUAGCGAGAUAAAGGCUUUAGGAUUUUUAUGA